GAACCCCGCAGACCGAACCCGGCAGACCGAACCCCGCAGACCGAACCCCGCAGACCGAACCGAACCGCUGAUCUUUGGACCGACAGUCAGCAGGUCCAGAUGGAAACCUCGGAACCGGAACCGACUCGAACCUGCGGCUCCUGCCACAAGGAGGUGGCAGAGGCUAACUUCGCCCUGCAUGAGAGCCACUGCAGGCGCUUUCUAAGCGUCUGUCCUGACUGCGAUGAAGCCGUCCCCAGAGAGCUGCUCAGCCAGCACCGAGAGGAGCAGCACACCCAGGUGAAAUGCUCCAAAUGUAACAAGAAGAUGGAACGCUGCCACCUGGAGGAUCAUGAGCGGUUCUGUUAUUUAGCAUCUCCGCUCCUCUACGAUGAGGAAGAGGAGGAGGAAGAGGACUUCUACAGGGAUCAGCUGAGCGCCGCUUAUAAGGCCACCUACAGCCAGGUGGGCGGAGACCCGGAUCAGAUCAGCACCUGCCCGCACUGCCACCUGGCCCUGCCCCUCUCCACGCUGAAAUGGCAUGAGGCAAAGUGCAGAAUCCAUGUUUUCCUCAAAGACAGAGAAGGUUAAAGACAGAGACGUCCUCUGAUUGGACGGCACCGACCGACGUAGAGACAAUCCAGCUGUAAUCUUAGAAUCCUGCUAUUUGGCCUUUGUUCAUAUUUCUGGAAGCUUUCCUCUAUUUCUGCUUCACAUAAUGUUAAACAUGGUGACCUGCUGAGGUCAGAGGUCACGCAGCGUGCGGCGUGCCUGGAGACGUAAGCUCGACUGUGGAGCUUCAGCUCCCGCCUCUCCAUGGAUGCUGAUGGUCGCUUCUGCUGAGGAUCAUAUUGUCUGUCCGUCACUAACCGAUCCGUCCUGCGAAGCGCAAAGAGAAGAACUUCCAGGUAGCAACACGGGGGGAUGGGUUCUUUUUGAAUACAUUAGUAUUUGCGUAAAUAUUGCAUAUUCUAAAAACAAAAACAAGCAAUACACCAAAAAAGCCUUUGGAAGGUUACCGUGACUGCGCUGAGCGUGUCCGAUGAUGACGUCACAAAAACAAAACACAUUAAUUUCUUCCAGAAAAGU